UGGUCUCAGAGGGAGAGGGAGGCGAGGACAGAGUCGAGGAAGCUCUGGUCCUGGAUAUCUUUCUGGAUUUCCCGUCGCUGUAGGCGCUGGUCGACUUCGGCUUGUUGCCGGGUUGGAAUUUGUUGAUCGUAUCGGUUGGUACGACCAUGGCGGCCUCGUCAGCGAUUCUGCCAUUGCCCUCGGUGUGCUCUGUGAUGCGAAGCUCGUGUCGUGACAUUUCGAAGCAACGACUGUCGCAGCAGAAUGUUAAAGUGAGCCCGGGAGUGAUCGGCGGGGCAUGCUGGAGAUGGAGUUUGCCAGGUAUUAGGGCUAUGGCCCCCGAGGAUGAGAAGAUGACCAGGCGUUCACCACUUGACUUUCCAGUUGAGUGGGAUAGACCAACCCCAGGUAGAAGGCCUGACAUUUUCCCACAAUUUAGUCCCAUGAAAACUCCUCUUCCUCCCCCCUUGCCCUCGGAUCCCCCAGAAGAGGAUGAGGAUGAGGAAGAGAAGAAGGAAGAGGAGCCUGAUAAAGAGCCGGAGAAGCCAGAGGAGUAGAGACAGAUUUUUUUUGGUGAUUUUUGAUAAGUCCGCUUUUAGCGAAUUAGAAAAAAUUUCUGAGUUUACUCUCGGCUCCUGUUCAAGGACGGUUGUCAAAGCACUGCCUCAUUUUCUACGAGAAUUCGAGGAGAUCCGCGUGAGGACAAACCAGCAAUUGAGGAAGGGCAUACUUUGUGGAAUUUACGCUUCAGCAGCUUAAUUCACUUCAGUCAAUUAUCACGAAGCGUGAAAUUUAGAAAUAAUUUAUAUGUAGAGGAGGUAGAGUACAGCACUUUGCACGAUCAUGUUGACGCCAACAUUUGAACUGGUUGUACUAUAUUAGCAUUCACAAUUGAGAUAAGUAACUCGUACGUUAAAUGUUGUCCUCGGGUUUACUGUUGACAC